CCCGCGGCGAAAUAAAGAUGGCAAACACAUCCCUCCUUCGAGUCACGUUUGAUGCCAUGUUUUGGUUCUGAAGUCGCAGAAACACGGUGUUUUUCGUUUUAGAAGGAAGGUGUUUGCAGAACGCGCGAAAAUGUUGAGCGCGUCGUGUCUGUCUUGGACGAGAGCCGCCAAGUUGACAAGCAGUUCCUCUUAUGGUGGACUGUUGAGGAAAUGGACCACGAGCAAUCGGCGUUUCACAUCAGAAGCAAGCGGUGAGAAAGAAUGGCUUCUCGACGCCAAUAUUGUCAUAAUCGGAGGAGGAGCCGUGGGAACGAGCACCGCAUACCAUUUGGCCCGCUUCGGAGUCAAACGUGUUGUGCUCCUGGAGAAAACCGAACUGACAGCAGGAUCGACAUGGCACGCUGCAGGGCUUGCAGCGUUGUAUCACCCGGGCAUCAACAUGAAGAAGAUCCAUUACAACAGCAUCAACAUGUUCAGCCAGUUAGAACGAGAAACUGGAAAGGACCUUGGUUUUCAUCGGCCUGGAAGCAUUCGCAUAGCGACUGAUGCCGUUCGAAUGGACGAGUUUCGAUACCAAAUGCAGCGCCAGGGCUGGCAUGACGCUCCUCAGCGGUUGAUGGAACCCGACGAAAUGUAUCAGCACUUCCCGUUGCUGAACAUGGAAAAGAUUCUCGGAGGUCUGUACAACCCGGCAGAUGGACACAUUGACCCCUACUCCCUGACCAUGGCGAUGGCGUCGGAAGCUAAAAAGUACGGAGCUAGGAUCUUUCAGGGCACCCCGGUCAGUGGACUCGAACAAAAUCGCGACGGAUCCUGGUCGGUACAAACGAGUAAAGGUUGCGUAAAGGCUACGCACGUCGUCAACUGUGCCGGAUUCUGGGCACACGAAGUGAACGAUCUCGCUGGCGUGAGCCUUCCUCUAGUGCCUAUUCACCACCAGUACAUGGUCACUUCGUCAAUUCCUGAAGUACAAAAGCUGAAGAAAGAGCUUCCUGUGAUUCGUCACUUAGCGGGUGGCUUUUAUCUACGCCAAGAACGGGACGGCUUACUGAUUGGUCCUUACGAACAUCAAGACAAGAUGAGGACUUGCCAGGAAUGGGUUACUCAGGGUGUACCGCCAGGAUUCGGCAAGGAGCUUUUUGAACCAGACCUGGAGCGCUUGUCGGACCACAUAGAAUCUGCUAUGGAGCUGAUUCCUGUGCUGAAAACAGCAAGCAUCCGCACGACGAUAGCUGGACCCAUAAUGUAUACUGCCGACGCUCUACCGUGCAUUGGACCUGUACCGUGCCUGCGGAAUUUCUGGGUCGCCGUAGGAUUUGCGUACGGAAUUGUUCAUUCCGGAGGAGCAGGAAGGUACUUGGCGGAAUGGAUCGUGAACAGAGAACCUCCCUAUGACCUUAUCGAGACUGAUCCAGGACGGUUCGGAAAAUGGACCACCAGGAGUUACCUGUUUACGAAAGCCAGCGAGACGUACGGCAUGAACAAUAGUUAUGGUUACCCAAAGGAGGAGCGCUGGGCUGGUCGACCAACGGAACGUGUCUCGGGAGUUUACGAACAACUCGUGGAAAGGGGAGCGCAGAUGGGUUUCCAUGCAGGUUGGGAACAACCGGCGUGGUUCGCACUGCCCGGAGACACCCCAGGGUACCAGCCGAGCUUCCAGAGGAGUAAUUGGUUCGAGCCUGUAAAACGAGAAUGUCAGCUUGUCUUGGACAACGUGGGAAUCACAGACCUUACACCCUUUGCGAAGAUCAGGGUUCACGGAAAAGGUUCCAGUCGCUUCUUGGACACGCUCAUCGCUAACACGCUCCCCAAAGUAAACACAACACGCGUUUGCCACAUGCUCACACCGCGGGGCAGGGUCUACGCAGAGCUGACCGUAACUCGUCUCGGAGAGGAAGAUUAUUUUGUAGUGACUGGAUCUGGUUCGGAGUUACAUGAUUUGAGAUGGAUGGAAGAGCAUCUUGGUGAUCACGCUCCCACCUCGGAUGUAACGAUUCAGAACGUCACAGACGACAUUGCCGCCCUUGGAAUCGCAGGUCCCCACUCAGCAAACGUCUUAUCCCAGCUUACUAACGUUCCUUUGGAUGACAAAACAUUUCCAUUCCUGCACGCGAGAAAAAUGUCUAUAGCAGAGGUUCCAGUCACAGCACUGCGAAUUUCAUACACAGGUGAACUUGGAUGGGAGCUGUACCACGACCGAAAGGAUACUUCAAAACUGUACAAUGCCCUUCUUGAAGCAGGUGCUCCAUUUCAUAUUGGAGAUUUUGGAACGUAUGCACUCAACAGCCUUCGAAUCGAAAAGGGAUUCAGACUUUGGGGUGCCGACAUGACUGUAGACACUAAUCCAUUUGAAGCUGGUUUGGCGUCAUUCGUCAAGCUUAAAAAGGAAGCGGAGUUCAUCGGGAAACAAUCGCUAAAGCAAAUACUGCAGGAAGGUCCUCGCCGGACAUUAGUACACGCAGCCGUCGAUGCAGACGAUAUUGACCCUGAAGGGAAUGAGACAGUCUGGUGCUGCAAUAAGGCUGUCGGAUACACCACAUCUGGUUCAUUUGGUGUGCAAUCACAAGCAAGCCUUGCAAUGGCUUAUCUGCCUUGGUACCUGGCAACACCAGGCACUCAGAUCCAAGUAGAACUUCUAGGACAGCUACGUGAUGCUACAGUUCUGAGAGGGCCACCUGUUCCAGUCCAAGUCAUGCGAAGAAAGUGAUUCGGGAAUGUGCAACUGGCACUCCAAGUCUUCGGUCGUUCCGGCUCAAUGUGCGAGGAUGAUGAGCAAAACACACUGCAAGUGUGCAUUGUUCUCAUCUGUCACGUCACCUAGUGCUGCCUUUCGCGUCAAUUAUGUGCAAUCAUGCGCAUUUUACCACACAGUGAAAGCCCUAGGAAGGUAAAGCGCAGCACCACAAUAGCUAACCGAUCUUGACGAACCGCAUGACUGAUUGUGUGACAAUAGCAGACAUGAAUGCAGUGGGCACAUUGCAGACAUUUAUAACUUGUGAAAUAAAAGCGAACUGUAUGUUAGUUCCAAA